ACUGAACGAUCGAACGAAUGCAACAUGCGCGCCUUAGCUACAUUUUCCCUUCUGUGCUUCAUCGCCGCUGCAUCUUGCCAAAGCCAUGAUCUAGCUAUCGGGCAAGCUUCGUACGGUGACGUCGUGAUUUACAAAGUCAAUGAAUACAAAUACGGAUUUCCCCUUGUCGUGAGAACGAGCAUCAUCGAGUAUCCGGAAGCAGGACAACAGAACUUUGCCUACAUUAAAGCGAUAUUCAUCAAAGAUAACUAUAUCGACGGAACAGGGGGAUACCCUACCAUCUCUUCUGGAGGUGUGGGACAACGCUUCGUGAAAAUCAAGCUGAAGAGCCAAAGAAGUCACGGAUUCAACUUCACUGUAACAAUUUACGGAAGAUACUAAUAAUUUAUGAGGCCCUAGUACUUAUCAAUUUUUUUUUUGUAUUAUCGCUUGCCAUAUCAAAAAGUCAUAUUUGUUGCUUU